GCAAAGAUGAGUUUGGAUGCUGAAAUGUCUGUGUUUGGUGAGGCGGCUCCUUACCUGAGACGACCUGAACGGGAGCGGAUCGAGGCCCAAAACCGUCUUUUUGAUGCCAAAACGUCUGUGUUUGUGGUGGAUCCAAAGGAGCUGUUUGUCAAAGGCACUAUACAGAGCAAAGAGAAGGGCAAAGUGACUGUUAAGACUGACACUGGAAAGGUGGCAAUAGUUACGGAUGAUGAAGUGUUCCCAAUGAACCCCCCAAAGUUUGACAAAAUUGAGGACAUGGCUAUGAUGACCCACCUCAACGAAGCAGCUGUGCUGUAUAACCUCAAAGAGCGUUAUGCAGCGUGGAUGAUUUAUACAUACUCUGGUCUUUUUUGUGUCACUGUGAAUCCUUACAAGGGACUCCCAGUGUACAACAAAGAAGUGGUAGUGGCCUACAGGGGCAAGAAGCGCCAGGAGGCACCGCCACACAUCUUCUCCAUCUCAGACAACGCCUAUCAGUUCAUGCUCACUGAUAGAGAAAAUCAGUCCAUCCUUAUCACUGGAGAAUCUGGUGCAGGAAAGACUGUCAACACCAAGCGUGUCAUCCAGUACUUUGCAACAAUUGCAGGGUCUGGCGACAAAAAGAAAGAUGCCGGUGCAUCAGGGAAGUUGCAGGGUAAUCUGGAGGAUCAGAUCAUCUCUGCCAACCCACUUCUUGAAGCUUUUGGAAAUGCCAAAACUGUUAGAAAUGACAACUCAUCACGUUUUGGCAAAUUCAUAAGAAUUCACUUUGGAACAACGGGGAAGCUGGCCUCUGCUGAUAUAGAAACGUACUUGUUGGAAAAAUCCAGAGUUACGUUCCAGCUGAAUGCAGAGAGAAGCUACCAUAUUUUCUACCAGAUCAUGUCCAACAAGAAACCUGAGCUCAUAGAAACUUUGCUUAUUACCACCAACCCUUACGACUACCCAUUUGUCAGCCAAGGGGAGAUCAGCGUAGCCAGCAUCAAUGACGGCGACGAGCUGAUGGCCACAGAUAGCGCUAUUGAUGUCCUUGGAUUCACUGGAGAGGAGCGGCUCGGCAUUUACAAACUAACUGGUGCUGUGAUACAUUAUGGGAACAUGAAAUUUAAGCAGAAGCAGAGAGAGGAGCAGGCAGAACCAGAUGGGGCAGAGGUGGCUGACAAAGUAGCUUAUCUGAUGGGUCUCAACUCGGCAGAUCUAUUGAAAGCAUUGUGUUACCCCAGAGUGAAAGUUGGGAAUGAGUAUGUCACCAAAGGACAGACUGUGCAACAGGUAUACAACUCCAUUGGUGCUUUGGCCAAAUCCGUCUAUGAAAAGAUGUUUCUGUGGAUGGUCAUUCGCAUUAAUCAGAUGCUGGACACAAAGCAACCACGCCAGUUUUUCAUUGGCGUAUUGGAUAUCGCUGGUUUUGAAAUCUUUGAUUAUAAUAGUCUGGAGCAGCUGUGUAUCAAUUUUACCAACGAGAAACUGCAACAGUUUUUCAAUCAUCACAUGUUUGUGUUGGAGCAAGAAGAGUACAAGAAGGAGGGCAUUGAGUGGGAGUUCAUUGACUUUGGGAUGGAUCUGGCGGCUUGUAUAGAACUCAUUGAAAAGCCGAUGGGCAUCUUUUCCAUCCUGGAAGAGGAAUGCAUGUUCCCCAAGGCAUCAGAUACAACUUUCAAAAACAAACUCUACGACCAACAUCUUGGAAAAUCCAACAAUUUUCAAAAGCCCAAGCCUGUCAAAGGCAAAGCUGAGGCUCACUUCUCCUUGGUUCACUAUGCUGGCACUGUGGACUACAGCAUCACGGGUUGGUUAGACAAAAACAAGGACCCACUCAAUGAAACUGUAGUCCAGCUCUACCAAAAAGCAGGCCUAAAACUAUUGGCCUUUCUUUAUUGCAGUUAUUCUUCAUCAGAUGAGAACGGUGGCAGAUCUGGAGUUACGGCAAAGAAAGCUUCAAAAAAGAAGGGCUCAUCUUUUCAGACAGUUUCAGCUGUUUUCAGGGAGAACCUUGGGAAGCUCAUGACCAAUCUCAGGAGCACCCAUCCGCAUUUUGUUCGGUGUCUCAUUCCAAAUGAAACUAAAACUCCAGGAAUCAUGGAACAUCACCUGGUCAUACACCAGCUGCGCUGUAACGGUGUGCUGGAGGGAAUUAGGAUCUGCAGGAAAGGGUUCCCCAGUAGGAUUUUGUAUGGGGAUUUCAAGCAAAGGUAUAAAGUACUGAAUGCCAGCGUGAUCCCUGAAGGACAAUUCAUCGACAACAAGAAAGCUGCUGAGAAGCUCUUGGGCUCUAUCGACGUGGAUCAUUUACAGUACAGAUUUGGCCACACAAAGGUGUUCUUCAAAGCAGGGCUUCUGGGUCUGCUGGAAGAAAUGAGGGAUGAACGACUUGCCUCUCUCAUCACCAUCACUCAAGCCUUGUGCCGUGGUUUCCUCAGGAGGAAGGAUUUUCUGCAAAUGAUGUCUCGGAGAGAAUGUAUUUAUAUUAUCCAGUACAACAUCCGCUCCUUUAUGAACGUAAAACACUGGCCCUGGAUGAAGCUUUAUUUCAAGAUCAAGCCAUUGUUGAGGAGCGCUGAAACUGAGAAGGAAAUGGCCACCAUGAAGGAAGAAUUUGCCAAGUGCAAAGAGGAUUUAGCCAAAGCCGAGGCUAAGAAAAAGGAGCUUGAAGCCAAAAUGGUUUCUCUGAUUCAAGAAAAGAAUGACUUGUGUUUGCAGAUCCAAGCUGAAGGGGAAAGUUUGGCAGACGCAGAGGAAAGAUGUGACGGACUCAUAAAAAUCAAGAUUGUACUGGAGGCAAAAACCAAAGAACUGCGAGAACGACUGGAGGAUGAGGAAGAAGUGAAUGCUGAGCUUACCGCCAAGAGGAGGAAGCUGGAGGACGAAUGUUUGGAGCUAAAGAGGGACGUUGAUGACUUAGAGCUCACCCUGGUUAAAGUAGAAAAGGAAAAACAUUCAACUGAAAACAAGGUCAAGAAUCUGAUAGAAGAGAUGUCCACUCUGGAUGAUACCAUUGCCACAUUAUCCAAGGAGAAGUCUGCUUUGCAGCAAGCGCAUCAGCAGACCCUUGAGGACCUGCAAACAGAGGAAGACAAAGUCAACUCUCUGAGCAAAGCUAAGGUCAAGCUGGAGCAACAAGUUGAUGAUCUUGAGGGCUCUCUAGAACACGAGAAAAAGUACCGCAUGGAUGUCGAAAGGGCCAAGAGAAAAAUAGACGCAGAUCUUAAACUAGCCCAAGAAGCCAUCAUGGAUUUGGAAAAUGACAAAAAACAGCUGGAGGAGAACCUUAAAAAAAAAGACUUUGAAAUGAGUCAACUUUCAUCCAAAAUCGAGGAUGAGCAGAGUAUGGCUGGCCAGUCUCAGAAGAAAAUCAAGGAGCUGCAGGCACGCAUCGAAGAGCUGGAAGAAGAGAUUGAAGCAGAGCAUUUGGCCCGAGCCAAGGUGGAGAAGCAGAGGUGUGACCUCUCAAGGGAGCUUGAGGAGAUCAGUGAGAGGCUGGAGGAGUCCGCAGGGGCAACCACAACUCAGAUAGAGAUGAACAAGAAGCGAGAGGUGGAAUUUCAGAAAUUGAGACGAGACCUCGAGGAGUCCACCCUCCACCACGAGGCCAUAGCUGCCGCACUGAGAAAGAAACACGCGAACAGUGUGGCUGAGUUGGGAGAGCACAUUGACAACCUGCAGCGAGUCAAACAGAAGCUGGAGAAGGAGAAGAGCGAGUACAAGAUGGAGGUUGAUGACAUGUCUGGUAGUGUGGAGGCUGCAGUCAAAGCCAAGAGCAAUUAUGAGAAGCUGUGUCACUCCAUGGAGGACCAACUGAGUGAAUACAAGACAAAACACGAUGAAGACACACGUUUGAUAACCGACUUAAAUGCUCAAAGGUCACGGCUUCAGAAUGAAAAUGGUGAGUUUUCUCGUCUUCUUGGGGAGAAGGAAACAAGCCUUGCUCAAAUAUCAAAAGCCAAGCUUGCCUUCUCCCAGCAAAUUGAGGAUCUCAAGAGGCAGGUUGAAGAGGAAACUAAGGCCAAGAGUGCAAUCGCCCACGCUCUCCAGUCUGCACGUCAUGACUGUGAUCUGCUUAGGGAGCAGUUUGAAGAAGAGCAGGAGGCCAAGGCGGAGCUACAGAGAGCCAUGUCCAAGGCCAACACUGAGGUGGCUCAGUGGAGGACCAAAUAUGAGACUGAUGCUAUUCAGCGUAACGAUGAGCUGGAAGAGGCAAAGAAAAAACUGACUCAACGUUUGCAAGAAGCAGAAGAAGCUGUUGAGGGUGUGAACGCCAAAUGCUCCUCAUUGGAGAAAACCAAGCAGAGGCUCCAAGGAGAAGUGGAAGACCUCAUGGUUGAUCUGGAAAGGGCAAAUAUGCAAGCGGACGUUCUGGAUAAAAAGCAGCGAAGCUUUGAUAAGAUUCUGUCCGAGUCAAAACUGAAGUAUGAAGAGUGCCAGGCUGAGCUGGAAGGAUCGCAGAAGGAGUGCCGCUCCCUUGGCACAGAACUCUUCAAAAUAAAGAACUCUUAUGAAGAAACUCUCGAGCAACUUGAGGUCCUGAAACGAGAGAAUAAGAUUUUACAACAGGAGAUCUCUGACCUGACUGACCAGCUUGGUGAGAAUGGUAAAGCCCUUAACGAGCUGGAGAAGACUAAGAAACAUUCAGAAUGCGAGAAGAGUGAGAUCCAGACUGCUUUGGAGGAGGCUGAGGCUUCUUUGGAACACGAGGAGUCCAAAAUUCUCCGUGUCCAGCUGGAGCUCACUCAAGUCAAAGGAGAAGUGGAACGCAGGCUGUCUGAAAAGGACGAGGAGAUUGACCAGAUGAAACGCAACCACCAGCGCACGGUGGAGAUCCUGCAGUCCACGUUGGAUGCCGAAGUACGCGGCAAGAAUGAGGCCAUGAGAAUCAAGAAGAAGAUGGAGACUGACCUCAACGAGAUGGAGAUGCAGUUGAACCAUGCAAAUAGACAGGCCUCUGAGGCCCAGAAGCAGCUGAGGAACAUGCAAGCCCACCUCAAAGAGCAAGCUCUUCACCUGGACAAUGCAUUGCGAUGUCAAGAGGACCUGAAGGAGCAGGUGGCCAUAAUGGAGCGCAGGAACUUCCUGAUGCAGGCAGAGGUGGAAGAGCUGAGGGCUGCCUUGGAACAGUCGGACAGAGGCCGCAAAUUAGCCGAACAGGAACUGGCCGAGGCCUGUGAGAGAGCUGCACUCUUGCACUCUCAGAACACUGGUCUCCUCAACUCUAAGAGGAAGCUGGAAGCAGAUGUCAGCCAGCUGCAGGGGGAGCUAGAGGAUGCCCUCCAAGAGGCUCGCAAUGCUGAGGAGAAAGCAAAAAAAACAAUCACUGAUGCGGCCAUGAUGGCAGAGGAGCUAAAGAAAGAACAGGACACCAGCAGCCACCUGGAGAAGAUGAAGAAGAACCUGGAGGCCUCAGUGAAAGACCUGCAACAUCGUCUGGACGAGGCUGAGAGUCUUGCAUUGAAGGGGGGCAAGAAGCAGCUUCAGAAACUGGAGGCUCGGGUGCGUGAACUUGAGGGUGAAAUGGAGAGUGAACAGAAACGAGCAGCUGAGGCCGUCAAGGGAGUUCGAAGGUAUGAGAGACGCAUUCGAGAGCUCACAUACCAGACAGAAGAGGACAAGAAGACCGUUUUGAGACUGCAGGACCUCGUCGAUAAGCUGCAACUUAAAGUCAAAGCUUACAAGCGGCAGCAGGAAGAAGCGGAGGAGCAGGCCAAUGUUUACCUUGGCAAGUUUAGGAAGGUCCAACAUGAAAUGGAAGAAGCCCAGGAACGAGCAGACACGGCUGAGUCUCAGGUCAACAAGAUGAGAAGCAAAAGCAGAGAACUUGGAAAGGUGUAAUUAUAACUAAUGAAUAAUUUUUUGUCCACAAUCUCACAUUUGAAAAAUGAAAUGUGAUUUAGAUGAUAUGAUGUGCUAAUACAAACCCCUUUUCCUUAUGAGUUGGCAAAUUGUGUUAGAUGUAAAUAUAAACGGAAUACAAUGAUUUGCAAAUUAUUUUUUAACCCAUAUUGAACUUUCACAGUAUCAUGUUAGAUCCGCUCGACAUCCAUUGCUUUCCUCCUCUCUAAGGUUCUCAUAGUCAUCAUUGUCACCGACGUCCCACUGGGUCAUUAUUGUCACCAAUGUCCCACUGGGUGUGAGUUUUCCUACCGAGGAUGUCGUGGUGGUUUGUGCAGCCCUUUGAGACACUAGUGAUUUAGGGCUAUAUAAGUAAACAUUGAUUGAUUGAUUGAUAUUCAGUUGAAUGCACUACAAAGACAACAUAUUUGAUGUUCAAACUGAUAAACUUUUUUUUUUUCAAAGAAUCAUUAACUUUAGAAUUUGAUGCCAGCAACACAUGACAAAGAAGUUAGGAAAGGUGGCAAUAAAUACUGAUAAAGUUGAGGAAUGCUCAUCAAACACUUAUUUGGAACAUCCCACAGGUGUGCAGGCUAAUUGGGAACAGGUGGGUGCCAUGAUUGGGUAUAAAAACAGCUUCCCAAAAAAUGCUCAGUUUUCCACAAGAAAGGAUGGGGCGAGGUACACCCCUUUGUCCACAACUGCAUGAGCAAAAAGUCUAACAGUUUAAGAACAAGAUUUCUCAAAAUGCAAUUGCAAGAAAUUUAGGGAUUUCAACAUCUACGGUCUAUAAUAUCAUCAAAACGUUCAGAUAUUCUGGAGAAAUCACUCCACAUAAGCGGCAUGGCCAGAAACCAACAUAGAAUGACCAUGACAUUCGAUCCCUCAGACGGCACUGUAUCAAAAACCGACAUCAAUAUCUAAAGGAUAUCACCACAUGGGCUCAGGAACACUUCAGAAAACCACUGUCACUGAAUACAGUUUGUCGCUACAUCUGUAAAUGCAAGUUAAAGCUCUGCUAUGCAAAGCGAAAGGCAUUUAUCAACAACAUCCAGGAACGCUGCCGGCUUCUCUGGGCCCGAGAUCAUCUAAGAUGGACUGAUGCAAAGUGGAAAAGUGUUCUGUGGUCUAUCGAGUCCACAUUUCAAAUUUGUUCUUGGAAAUAUUCGACAUCAUGUCAUCCGGACCAAAGGGGAGGCGACCCAUCCAGACUGUUAUCGACGCAAAGUUCAGAAGCCAGCAUCUGUGAUGGUAUGGGGGUGCAUUAGUGCCCAAAGCAUAGGUAACUUACACAGCUGUGAAGUCACCAUUAAUGCUGAAAGGUACAUACAGGAACAACAUAUGCUGCCAUCUAAGCGCCGUCUUUUUCAUGAACGCCCCUGCUUAUUUCAAGCAAGAUAAUGCAAAGCCACUUUCAGCAUGUGUUACAACAGCGUGGCUUUGUAAAAAGCAGUCCAGACCUGUCUUCCAUCGAAAAUGUGUGGCGCAUUAUGAAGCGGAAAAUACGACAGCGGAGACCCCGGACUGUUGAACGACUGAAGCUCUACAUAAAACAAGAAUGGGAAAGAAUUCCACUUUCAAAGCUUCAACAAUUAGUUUCCUCAGUUCCCAAACGUUUAUUGAGUGUUGUUAAAAAAAAAGGUGAUGUAACACAGUGGUGAACAUGCCCUUUCCCAACCACUUUGGCACGUGUUGCAGCCAUGAAACUAAGUUUAUUAUAUAAGUUAUUAUUUGCAAAAACAAAAUAAAAAUGUAUGAGUUUGAACAUCAAAUAUUUUGUCUUUGUAGGUCAUUCGUUUGAAUAUGGGUUGAAAAGGAUUUGCAAAUCAUUGUUUUUCAUUUAUAUUUACAUCUAACACAAUUUCCCAACUCAUAUGGAAACGGGAUUUGUACAUUAUAACCUGACUUUCGCCAGAUCCUUGUAGUUCGCUAAGCUCCACACAAGGAUCUGCGAUUUCUCAAUAGGAGAUGUAUUUCAGAAGGCGGGGCCUUGUAAAAAAAAAUCAUUGUAUGUGAUUGGAUGAACCACUUGUCCGUUAUCAACCACUCACAUCCAAAUUAACCUGUGAAGCUGAUGAGAGUGACGCUGGGAAAUCCAAAACAGAACAGCCAACAUAUUGGAUAACAACAGAGCGAAAAGUUCUCUGUUAAUCUUUUAAUUAAUAAUUAUUCGAUAGAUUCGACAAAACAGUCACAGUAGCAGAAUCAAUGUCAGCAUACAACUUUUUGCUGCUUGCCGCCAUUGUUGUUUGAAUCAAACAGUCGCUUCGGCUCUAAAUCACAUCUAGGAAAUCCCACCCAGCGAUCCUGAUUGGUUCAUUAUUUUUUUUGCUAUUUUGAAGGAGUUUGCAUUCUUCUAGAUCCCGGAUCGUUCUGUGGAGCUCAGCGAACUACAAAAGUCUAUUACUAACCAAUACUAAUAUUACUUUAUUCUAUCUUGUCUGUUGUUUCCUGGCCUUUGGUGCUGAAUCUGAAUCAAACUAGACCCUACUGUAAUUGUAAUCUGUGAUUAUGCCACCACUUUAAAAUACUCAUUUUAACAGACCCUAAUUCUUUGCUGUGAAAUUAUAGUGGAUUAAAAGGAUGUGAUGCAUUAAUUAUAAAU